UGAGAAGUGUUUCAGUAGUUGAAGUUUUUUGUUCCUCCCGAGUAGGAGAUCACGAAAUACUGCCUGUUCGAUGCUGAUCUGCGACGUACGGGUAGAUGACAAACUAACAAAAGGAUACGUCUGUGCUAUCCUACAGAGCUUGAGUGGUAAAGUUUACUAAUGAAAGGAAGGUCAGUGUCAAAAAAUGGUGAUCACGCGGUGCUUGUCCUUGAGCGAGUGAAGUUAUUUUUGACCGAACCUUAAGAAGCUAAGUGAGUUCGUGUUUUCUCCGAGUUUAACAUAAAAACGUUCUUAUUUUUUCUACCUGUAAUUCGUUAUUCGUAAAUUUACGCGCAUAGCAACAAAUUUCGUAUUCCUGACAGUGACGAAGCGAGAUUAUACCGAGACGAAGGGAAUUAGUUUGUUUUUAAGAUUACAUUUUUUGAGCCUAGUUUGAAUGAGUGAAGGAACGAAAGUCUGGUUUCUCUUAUGGUGUAUGGAAAGAGCUAGUAACGAGUAGAAAAGACACGCAACUUAAUUGUGGAACGGAUCCAAACGACAGCAAAUAUCAGACUUGGUUUGGAAGUAGUAGCCGUACAAGAAAAAAAAACUAAAACUAUAGCAGGGCGCUCGGAAAAGGGCCACCAUGGACAACGAUAAGGAGCACACUGAGAUUCUGAUUAUAGAGCCGAAGAAAAACUAUGGAAGCGCUGGCAGAGCCACCGAUGUUUCUUGGACGACGAAGCCUGGACUGCAACAGCAGAGAUCGGUUAUCUAUUGUGUGCAUGGCAAACUGGCACAGUCCUGCUGCGAACUACCGGACGACCUGAACAUUAGGAAAAUUGAAUCACACUGCCAUCGGCCAAGAACGAACGGAGUGGACAAGACGGCCAGGAAGAAAUUAAUUAUCGCCAGCGUGCUGUGCGUUAUUUUCAUGAUCGCCGAGAUAAUAGGGGGCGUCUACUCCAACAGCCUGGCCAUAGCAACAGAUGCAGCGCAUUUAUUAGCCGACUUGGCCAGUUUUAUGAUAUCGUUGUUCGCGCUCUGGAUCGCUGCUAGACCAUCAACCAAGAGGUUAUCGUUCGGCUGGUACCGGGCCGAGGUGAUUGGAGCUCUGACGUCGGUCCUAAUGAUUUGGGUCGUGACAGCGAUUCUCUUCUAUCUGGCCAUCAUGAGAACGAUUGAACGCGACUUCGAGCUGGACGGGAAAGUAAUGCUGAUCACUUCCGGAUUGGGGAUUCUCGUGAAUGUCAUUAUGGGGGCCACGCUGCACAAUCACGGUCACAGCCAUUCAUCAGCGUCGCCGAACGACAGCAAGCACAGCAGCGGUAGCGACAGCCACGGUCACAGUCAUAGUCACGGAUUCACGGAGGAAAACAUCAACGUGCGGGCUGCCUUCAUUCACGUGCUGAGCGACUUUGUGCAAAGUCUCGGUGUGUUCAUUGCCGCUCUCGUCAUCUACUUCAAACCGGAGUGGAACAUUAUCGAUCCGAUCUGUACGUUCCUGUUCUCGUUUCUGGUGCUGGCAACCACCAUCGCUAUCAUGAAGGAUGCACUGUUGGUUCUGAUGGAGGGUACACCGAAGUAUCUCGAUUACACCGAAGUGAUGCAGAUGUUCCUUCAGAUCCAGGGUGUCGUACGGGUGCAUAAUUUAAGAAUAUGGGCACUUAGCAUCAACAAGAUAGCACUGUCGGCUCAUUUGGCAGUCGAACCGAACACGAACACGGAAGCAGUACUCCAGCAAGCAACACGUUCCAUUCAUGCAAAAUAUGAUUUUUUCGAAACCACACUGCAAAUCGAGGAGUUCCAGGCAGACAUGGAAGAUUGCAAUCAAUGUACGAACCCGUUGUGAGGUUGUGGUGGCGGCCUGGUGCUGCUGCCGGCGUCGGUGGGCUGGAAGCGAUUCGGUGGGAAAGCCAUGGCAAGCGGAUGAUUCUAUCUCUUCGAGGGUGCAAGCUGCUAUAUCCGUAGACGAAGCUUAGUCGGUUAAAGUUAAGUCAAGUGUAUAUGUGCGAUGUGGAAACGGAGAGAAAAGUAUAGAAAUAAUACAAUCAGAAACACUGCCGCACAGUUGGUAGGUAAAAAAAUCAUAAACUUAUUUGUAUUCCGAUGGUACGAGGCUAGUAAUGAAAGAUGAAAAAUCCAAAAGAACGCUGCAAAUAAAAACAGGCGCCCAAAAGCCUAAACAUGUGGAAAUCGAGUGGAGAAACAAGAA